CUGCGCGGUGUCCCGGCGGCGGGCGGAAGAUGGCGGCCGCGGUAGCGUCUGUGGAGAGGCGCUGCUGAGGGGGCGCGAGGGGGACGGAGGCCGGAGCCGCGGGUGUCUGACAGCAGCCAUGGCGAGCAGCAGUGGAGACAGUGUCACCCGCCGGAGUGUGGCCUCACAGUUUUUCACACAAGAAGAAGGGCCGGGCAUCGAUGGCAUGACCACCUCCGAGAGGGUUGUGGAUCUGCUGAACCAGGCAGCACUGAUCACCAACGACUCAAAGAUCACGAUACUCAAACAGGUGCAGGAGCUAAUCAUCAACAAAGACCCUACCCUGCUGGAUAACUUCUUGGAUGAGAUCAUCGCAUUCCAAGCCGACAAGUCCAUUGAAGUGCGCAAGUUCGUCAUCGGCUUCAUCGAGGAGGCAUGCAAGCGAGACAUUGAGCUGUUGUUGAAGCUGAUUGCCAACCUCAACAUGCUCCUGAGAGAUGAGAAUGUGAACGUGGUGAAGAAGGCCAUCCUCACCAUGACCCAGCUCUACAAGGUGGCCCUGCAGUGGAUGGUGAAGUCUCGAGUCAUCAACGAUCUCCAGGAGGCCUGCUGGGACAUGGUUUCGGCCAUGGCUGGGGACAUCAUCUUGCUUUUGGACUCUGACAAUGACGGCAUCCGCACACAUGCCAUCAAGUUUGUGGAGGGCCUCAUUGUCACACUGUCACCUCGCAUGGCUGAUUCAGAGAUACCCCGACGCCAGGAGCACGACAUCAGCCUAGACCGCAUCCCUCGCGACCACCCCUACAUCCACUACAAUGUGCUGUGGGAAGAGGGCAAGACGGCCUUGGAGCAGCUGCUCAAGUUCAUGGUGCACCCUGCCAUCUCCUCUAUCAACCUGACCACAGCGUUGGGCUCCCUCGCCAACAUUGCCCGCCAGAGACCCAUGUUCAUGUCAGAGGUGAUCCAGGCCUACGAGACCUUGCACGCCAACCUGCCCCCGACACUGGCCAAGUCUCAGGUGAGCAGUGUGCGCAAGAACCUCAAGCUGCACCUGCUGAGUGUGCUCAAGCACCCUGCCUCCCUGGAGUUCCAGGCCCAGAUCACCACCCUGCUGGUGGACCUGGGUACCCCUCAAACCGAGAUCGCCCGCAACAUGCCCAGCAGCAAGGACUCACGCAAGCGCCCCCGAGAUGACUCGGACUCUACGCUCAAGAAGAUGAAGCUAGAGCCCAACUUAGGGGAAGACGAUGAAGACAAGGACCUGGAGCCUGGCCCAUCGGGGACGUCAAAAGCCUCAGCUCAGAUCUCUGGCCAGUCAGACACAGACAUCACAGCCGAGUUUCUACAGCCUCUGCUGACACCUGACAACGUGGCCAAUCUGGUCCUCAUCAGCAUGGUAUACCUGCCAGAGACCAUGCCCGCCUCCUUUCAAGCCAUCUACACCCCCGUGGAGUCAGCGGGCACUGAAGCCCAGAUCAAACACCUGGCUCGGCUCAUGGCCACACAGAUGACAGCCGCAGGCCUGGGUCCUGGUGUGGAACAGACAAAACAGUGCAAGGAGGAGCCCAAGGAGGAAAAGGUGGUGAAACCGGAGAGUGUCCUGAUCAAGCGACGCCUGUCGGCCCAGGGCCAGGCCAUCUCGGUGGUGGGCUCUCUGAGCGCCAUGUCCCCACUGGAGGAGGAGGCGCCCCAGGCCAAGAGGAGACCAGAGCCCAUCAUCCCUGUCACCCAGCCACGGCUGGCGGGCGCUGGUGGGCGCAAGAAGAUCUUCCGUCUGAGUGAUGUGCUGAAGCCCCUGACAGACGCCCAGGUGGAGGCCAUGAAGCUGGGGGCUGUGAAGAGGAUCCUGCGGGCUGAGAAGGCUGUGGCCUGCAGUGGAGCAGCCCAGGCACGCAUCAAGAUACUGGCCAGCCUGGUGACACAGUUUGACUCAGGCCUCAAGGCCGAGGUCCUGUCCUUCAUCCUGGAGGAUGUGCGGGCUCGCCUGGAUCUGGCCUUUGCCUGGCUGUACCAAGAAUACAAUGCCUACCUGGCAGGCGGACCCUCAGGCACCCUGGACAAGUACGAGGACUGCCUCAUCCGCCUUCUGUCGGGCCUGCAGGAGAAACCAGACCAGAAGGACGGGAUCUUCACCAAGGUUGUGUUGGAGGCCCCCCUGAUCACUGAGAGUGCCCUGGAGGUGAUUCGCAAAUACUGCGAGGAUGAGAGCCGUACCUACCUGGGCAUGUCCACGCUUCGAGACCUGAUCUUCAAGCGCCCAUCCCGCCAGUUCCAGUACCUGCACGUCCUACUAGACCUCAGCUCCCAUGAGAAAGACAAGGUGCGCUCCCAGGCCCUGCUCUUCAUUAAGCGCAUGUAUGAGAAGGAGCAGCUGCGAGAGUACGUGGAGAAAUUUGCCCUCAACUACCUGCAGCUCUUAGUCCACCCCAACCCACCUUCAGUGCUGUUUGGCGCGGACAAGGACACAGAGGUGGCUGCACCAUGGACCGAGGAGACCGUGAGGCAGUGUCUGUACCUGUACCUGGCUCUGCUGCCUCAGAACCACAAGCUGAUCCAUGAACUGGCGGCCGUGUACACCGAGGCCAUUGCCGACAUCAAGCGCACAGUGCUGAGGGUCAUCGAGCAGCCGAUCCGAGGAAUGGGCAUGAACUCCCCUGAGCUGCUGCUGCUGGUGGAAAACUGCCCCAAGGGGGCGGAGACGCUGGUCACCCGCUGCCUGCACAGCCUCACUGACAAAGUGCCACCCUCCCCAGAGCUGGUGAAGCGGGUCCGGGACCUCUACCACAAGAGGCUGCCUGAUGUCCGCUUCCUCAUCCCCGUGCUCAAUGGGCUGGAGAAGAAAGAGGUGAUUCAGGCCCUGCCCAAGCUCAUAAAACUCAACCCCGUCGUGGUGAAGGAGGUCUUCAAUCGCCUGCUGGGCACCCAGCAUGGUGAAGGUAACUCCGCCUUGUCGCCCCUGAACCCCGGAGAGCUUCUGAUUGCAUUACACAACAUUGACUCUGUGAAGUGUGAUAUGAAGUCCAUCAUCAAAGCCACCAACCUGUGCUUUGCGGAGCGGAACGUGUACACGUCCGAGGUGCUGGCCGUGGUGAUGCAGCAGUUGAUGGAGCAGAGCCCCCUGCCCAUGCUGCUCAUGAGGACCGUCAUCCAGUCCCUGACCAUGUACCCCCGCCUGGGGGGCUUCGUCAUGAACAUCCUGUCCCGCCUCAUCAUGAAGCAGGUGUGGAAGUACCCCAAGGUGUGGGAGGGCUUCAUCAAGUGCUGCCAACGCACCAAGCCCCAGAGCUUCCAGGUCAUCCUGCAGCUGCCCCCCCAGCAGCUCAGCGCCGUCUUUGACAAGUGCCCCGAGCUCCGCGAGCCCCUGCUGGCCCACGUGCGCUCCUUCACCCCCCACCAGCAAGCACAUAUCCCCAACUCCAUCAUGACCAUCUUGGAGGCCAGUGGCAAGCAGGAACCGGAGGCCAAGGAGACACCUGCAGGACCCCUGGAAGAGGAAGACCUGGAGCCCUUGGCUGUGGCCCCGGCCCCGGCCCUGCGGCCUCCCCAGGACCUCAUUGGCCUGCGGCUGGCCCAGGAGAAGGCUUUAAAGCGGCAGCUGGAGGAGGAGCAGAAGCUGAAGCCCUCAGGAGCGGCUCCCGCAGCAGCCGCCUCGGCUCCCUCCGCGGCCCUGUCCUCGGCCAGGGCCGGCCCUCCCCCGGCCGAGGAGGCUAUGGAUUUCCGGGAGGAGGGGCCCGAGUGCGAGACCCCGGCCAUCUUCAUCAGCAUGGACGACGACUCGGGGCUGACCGAUGCCGCGCCCCUGGACUCUAGUCUCGAGGGGCCCCAGGCCAAGGAGGCAGCAGCGGGCGGGCCGGCCUCCAAGGAAGAGCGGAGCCCGCAGAGCCUCGCCCCUGCUGGGGACGAGCCAGCGAAGACCCCCAGCCCUGUGGCAGCCGAGGAAGCCAGGGAGCCGGAGACCAAGGGGAACAGCUGACGGCUGACUGAGUGGGGGCGGG